GAUGAUGUGAGGCAGAAAGUGCACCUGAAUACCUUUGGCUUCUUCAAGAAUGGUUUCAUGAAAGUCAAUGUCAGCAACCUUUCACUGAAGCCGCCUGUUGGCUCUGGUGACAAGAACAGCUUAUCGGUGGGGUUCAGUUUGGACCGAACAAGGAAUGAUGGGUUCUCCACUUACCUGGAUGAAGAAGUGGAUUACUGUAUCUUGAAAAAGGAACCAGAGCCAGAUGUCUCUGUUGUAAUCUUACUUCUAGACUUACAAACUAAAGUUGUGAAGGUACGGUUCUCUGCAGAAGCUGCUGCUUUGUUACCUAAAAUUUCAUUCAUGUCUGAGGAAAAUGUUACUGCCUUAAGUACCAAGCCAGUAAAAACUUCCGAACAGAGCAGUGAUUCUGGGAAAAAUCCUGCAAGGACCGACCAAAACACAGCCAGCAAAGAUAAGAAGUCCAAACGAAGUACAACAUCCUCCCAGAGCAUAGUAGAACAAGAAUAUCCUAUUCACAAUGACAGAGGAACGUUUUCAUUUCAGUUCUUUUUUAACAUCAGCUCUGAUAACCAAGAAGGUCUCUACAGCCUGUAUUUCCAUAAAUGUGCUAGCAGUGAUGGGCAGCCUCAUGACCAGCGGCUAUUUAGUCUUGAUAUAGAAAUUACGGAGAAGAAUCCUGAAAGCUACCUCUCAGCGGGUGAGAUCCCACUGCCAAAACUUUACAUUUCCAUGGCUAGCUUCUUCUUCCUGUCUGGGACUGUAUGGAUCCAUAUACUUCGUAAACGCAGAAAUGAUGUCUUUAAGAUUCACUGGCUAAUGGCAGCCCUCCCUUUCACAAAAUCUCUGUCCUUAGUCUUCCAUGCGAUCGACUAUCACUACAUUUCUUCUCAGGGAUUUCCUAUUGAAGGCUGGGCUGUUGUUUAUUACAUCACUCACCUACUGAAGGGUGCUCUUCUGUUCAUCACUAUUGCCCUUAUUGGCACAGGCUGGGCUUUCAUUAAACAUAUCCUGUCAGAUAAAGACAAAAAAAUUUUCAUGAUUGUCAUCCCACUUCAGGUACUGGCAAACGUGGCAUAUAUCAUCAUAGAAUCAACAGAAGAGGGAACAACUGAAUAUGGGCUGUGGAAAGAAAUCCUCUUCCUGGUAGACUUGCUAUGUUGUGGAGCCAUCCUAUUUCCAGUGGUAUGGUCAAUAAGACAUUUACAGGAGGCUUCAGCAACAGACGGCAAAGCUGCCAUUAACCUAGCAAAGCUGAAGCUUUUCAGACAUUACUAUGUUAUGAUUGUGUGUUACAUUUACUUCACACGGAUCAUUGCAAUUCUCAUAAAGAUUGCUGUUCCAUUCCAGUGGAAAUGGCUGUACCAGCUGCUGGAUGAGAUGGCCACACUUGUGUUCUUUGUCCUCACUGGGUACAAGUUCCGUCCAGCAUCAGACAACCCUUACCUACAACUUUCUCAAGAUGAUGAGGAUGACUUGGAGAUGGAAGCUGUGGUGACGACUUCUGGAGUAAUGGAGGGCAUGAAGAAGGUCAAGGAAGGGGUGAAUGGUUCAGCAGAACUACGUGGCGAGUGGGAAAGCACGGCAUGA